AUGCCAUGGCAACUCUGCUCGCAAUCGAUCCCGCCACGGCUGCGAUCGCUCUUGUCGCUUCAUCGGGUGUACCCUCGACAACUGGUGGCGCCCCGCCACCGAUCUUCGCACCACCACCUGCUCCGGCCGCCACCACCGAUCUCUGCGCCACCUGCACCGGUGCCGCUGGGCUUCGCUCUGCCGGGCUUCUCUCCAAACUCGUCCAUGUCGUCCAACUCCGCGCUCGCGAUCCACACCGACGCCACCAUGGUGUCGGCCUCGACUGGCGCUGGCCACGGUGCGGCCACAGGAGGACUUCCACCGAUGUCGUACGGAUACCCAGGUUACCCUGGCUACAGCAGGUACGGUGGCUACGGCGCUGCUCCAGGGGGAUUCCCUCCGCCGUACGGCUACCCCAGUUAUCCGGGUUACCCGGCCUACCCUAUGGCACCUCUCAUGCCAAGGUUCGGUCCUCCACCGCCGGAUGUCAAUGGCUCUUCAUCAACACCGCCAUCAUCUGGACCCGCGCAGCUGUCCACGCCAACGCCAUCAACCCAGCAAGGUCUCUUUCCUGGCCAUGGGGUACCACCGGUGGUGAACAUUGCCUCGUCCAUUACUAUACGCCUGACGAGCGACAACUAUUUGUUCUAG